UAAUCCGAAAAUAACAUCGCGGCGUCAUUUUGGGCAGCAAACAUCCCCUUUUCCCAAUUAUUCCCUUUACACCAUGUCAAAAUCGCCAGGCCCGAAGGUAAGAAGUCCAUUGCCUCCAGCCGGAGCACUGGAGAAGACGCCUUCCCAGGAAACCAUCAAAGUUCUUCAAAAUCAUCUAAAUGGGGCAGAACAGGAUGCCAAAGUUCUAUUGGAACAACUUGCCAUGGUUAGCGCACCAGUGGAGAAGAAAACAUCAAAAGGGAAUAAGGCCAAGGGGGCAAAUACUUUGUCACCUUUCAAAGCGCGUAUCCCAGAUCCAGAGGUCAUGGCGAAAAAUUAUGAGAUGUUAGUCUCAAGAACGUGCCGUUUGGAAAGUACCAUGCAGACAUUGAAGUUGAACUUGUGUUCUGUUCAGGCUGAGCGAGAUUUGAACAAUAAACACAAUGCUAAAGCAAAUGAAAAAUUGACCCACGCUGUCGCUGCUUAUGAUAAAGAGAUAAAAAAGUUGAAGCGUUGUAAUGAUACUCUGAAAAAUGAAGCCAAGUCGGUGUUUGAACGCAAGACGGAGAUGGAAAAACAGGUUAUGAUUUUGAAAGUGGCCCUGGAUCAUGAAAAUUCUGCCAAGAACGAUGCCUCAGGUAAGCUUGAGGACCUGACUGUAACGAAACAGAAGCUGAGCAAACGGAAUGCUGAGUUGCGAGAAGAUCUGACCAGGGAGACGAAGCUCCGACAAUCACUUGAGGAGUCUCAAGCAGCUCAAAUGACACGUUUGAAUGAAAUGGAAGCCAUGAUGGAGACACAGAAAAACGAGAUGAAGACGUUAUCAAGUGAAUGUGGUGGAAUGAGGAAAGAGACAGUCUCUUCACGUGAAGAACUCAAGUCAGAAAAAAACCUCAGGGAAAAAGCCGAGGCAACGCUGAAAAAAUUGUCCUUGCAGGCUGAGAAAAGGGAUCGUUUGGUAGAAACCUUGGAGGAUGAAAAAAAACUGUUGCUUAUUGAGAUGGGGAAGGUGAAAGGACUCUACAAGGAUCUGAACACUCAGCUGGAAUCUAUGCAGCGGGUCAUUGAGGAUAAACAGGAAAUGUUCCUCAAGAUGGAGAGUGAGAAUAAAAGUCUGCAGCAGGCGUACCUUUCCGCCACAGAGGAGAACACACAGCUGAUUAACAAAUAUGAGGAAAGAAUUAAGGCUGAAAGAGAUGGUUUUCUCCAGAAAUUUGGUGAACAGGAUGGAAUUAUUGAGCUCACAGAGAAACUGAGGGCAGAGACUAGAGAUAGAGAGCUGCUGGAGCAGAGAAACAAUCAGUUAAAGGAACAAGUCACCCAUCUCAAGGAGCGGUUGGAGGAUGCUGAAAACAGGAACGGUUUGGAAGGAGAGCAACUGGAGAGGGAGGUGUUCCACUUGAAGGAACAGCUGAAUGCCAUGGCAACUGAUAAACAGAAAAGUCUCAAGGAUAAGGAAAACUUGUUGGAGGAGGUGAAUCAAGCUGUCGAUGACAUGUCAGAAGAAAGAACGCAACUCACUGCAGAUCUUCAACAGUGUCGCGUGGAGGUGGACUCGCUCCAGAAGACCAAGACACAUCUCGAACAGGAAAAUAUCCGACUUCAAUCAAGGCUGGAUACCCUUGAGCACUCACAGAGUGCCCAUCUACAGGUUGACCAGGCUAUGACUGAAAUGCUCGAGCAGAAGAAUCGCUUGGCAUACGACAAGGGACGUCUUCAGACCAAGGUGGACCACCUCCAGUCGGAACUGGAAUCGUUGGCGAAUUCGCAGACUGAAUUGAUGCAGUUGAGGAAGAACAAUCAGACAAUUGAAGCAAAGUAUUCAAAGGUUUUACAAGAUUUGAACGCCACAAAACUAGCUAUGCAGAAAAUUGAAGACCAGCUCAAACAACUGCAGUCAGAUGCACGACGGAAAGAUCGUGAUUUUGCCCUGGCCAUUGGCUCGAGAGAUGAUGCAGUGAAGGAAGCCCAGAAAUUGAUGGGUCAUAUUGAGGCUUUGGAGGACCGAGAAAGGUCUCGGGUUUCCUCCUUACAAAAGAGUUUAGUCGAGGCUCAUGACGACAACAAGAAUAUGACCUCGACUCUUGAGUCCAUCAUGUCGUCCCACUCCCAACUCCAGUUGGCCAUAGAGCAGCUCCAGGUUCAGCUAGGGAGGAAAGAUUCAGAGCUCUCACAGCUACAACAAGAAAAGCAGCAGAGUCAGAUUUCAUCCCAACAUAUGAACAAGCAACUGGAAGCUUUACAAGACAAACUCAGGGCUGUAGAAAACCUGGAGUCAAAUGAUAUUGACCCGCUUCGUCAGGCUUUGGAAAGCAGUCGACAGGAGAAUAUGAAAAUGGCGGGAACACUCGAGAAUGUGCUGCAGACCAAUAAGCACCUGCAGACCACAAUUGACCGACUGCAGGAUGAUGUGGAGCAGAAGUCGUAUUUUGCAGAGCAGUUGAAAGGUGCCAGGGAAACGGAAUCUGACCAACGUCAGCAGGAUGUCUCGCAGUAUAAAAGCAGGAUUGAAAGCCUACAACAACAGCUGAAGAAAGAACGAGAGAGAACACUGAAGAAAACGAAUAAGGAAGUGUCAGAGGCCAAAAGACAUAAUGAGGAGCUGACCACAAGAAAUGGCGAGAUGUCUCGAGCGAACACCGAGUUACGCCACAAGGUGACAGAGCUCGAGUUCUCUAUCAAGGACUUGAAGGCAAAGCUUGGGAGUCAGAGAGCCCAGAUUGAGGUGCUGCAGAAAUGUAAGAAAAACCACGAGGAAAGUGUGGAAAAACUAAAGAAAGUACAAGCAGACGUCACCGAUCUUGAACGGAUGAAAAACAAAUACGUGAAGAAGAAUGAAGAUCAGGCACGCACCAUCAAUAAAUUCAUGAGUCAGAUAGUCGCACUUCAGUCGGAAUUAAAGUCCUUAUCAGCGGCACAGCUGCGGACCGGGUCGCACGUUCAUCAGCAAGAGGAGGAACUAGAAAAACAACGACAAAUAAACGAGGAGCUGAAAAUGAAGUACCAGAUGACCAAGAAACAUGAAGGCGAGUUGUCAAAAAUCAGCCACCAGAUGGAGGUACGAUUACAGGAGGCUAACAAAGAGUCCAGGCAUAUUGCUUCAAGUCUCGAGGAGGCACACGAUUGGUUCAAAGUAAAGUUUGAUACGCUUCAGGAGGAACUCUCUCAUUCAAAACAUUCACAGGAAGAGCUGGAGCAGCUUGCUGCCGCGCAGAGGCGGAAUGUGGAAGAGGAGCAAUUUAAAGCCAGGAAUGUAGCAGAGAAGGCUGAGAAGAUUCUGAGGCUGAAUCGUUUGAAAGUGUCUAAGAUUGCUGAUGCAGCUGAGGUCACCCAGAAGGAAACGUUGGACAAGAUGAGACAGAUGUACAGUGAUCUUGAGGCAGAGAGAGAACAUGCCAAUAUUGUACAGGAAUCAAGUCUGAGACAAGUAGAGGACUUGGCUAAGAGUUUCCAGAAGACAUCAACUCCCUACAGCAAAUAUCAAUAAUGACAUACGUAGAAGGCAACGUUUCUUUACAUUUUAAAUUGAGGUUUUUACGCCACUACUUGCACUAGACCCAAAAAGCUUGUAGACUUGUUUGUAAAAUAGAAUGGAUGAGAAUUGCUCACAUGUAGAUUAGCCACUAUUUAUUAGUUUUAUAAGACAAGUACAUUUAGUAGAUUUUUUUAUUUUAUGUUUGUAGUAUCUGUUGCAUUUCGUGUAGUAAGUGGCUGAGCCACCAAGGUUUUGGUAGUGUGUUCUUAUGAUAUUCAUAGAUGUGAAUUUAGUUCAAAUUUUGAAAAGAAACUUCAAGUCUGACUGCAUUUUCCUGAUAAUUUAUAUAAGAAUCAAAAUGUAUUGGAUGUAUUACUUAUUUCACUCUGCUGGCACAGAGUAAAUACGCCUGAAGACAAUCUUGUCACUUGGAAGUACACUUCCUUUACUGCCAAGUCUGCAAGUCUGUACAUGAAUAAUGAUAAUAAUAACUGUUAAACCUGUCAAAACCAAUAGCACUAGUGCAUUAUUUUGAAGACAACCAUUGCAAAUAGACUGGGUACCUGGUACUCACAUAUUGUAUGUACUCGUUCUGAGCUGCCGGAGGGUAAUCUUCAGUGUAUCGGCCUAUGAAAGGUCAAAUUAGGCCCAUGGUAUCGAGGGUCCUUGGCCUGUAUACACAAGUGUACUCGGCUUCUGCAUUCCAGGUUAUUGAGCAGUUGUCCAAUAAACAU